AUGCGUCGUUUACCUCCUCAAAAUGUGGAAGAGAACUUAUCUAAACUCUUUCACUUGGUGAGCCCUGACUUGGCAGAUGAAUUACUGUCGGCUAUCGAUCAACCUUUAAAAGUGAAGCGCUGUGCAAAGACUGGAAAAGACUACCUCGUAUGUGAUUACAACCGAGAUGGCGAUUCUUACAGAUCUCCUUGGAGCAAUGAGUAUGAGCCUGAGUUGUCUGAUGGAGCUGCCCCCUCGCCUGCGCUUCGUAAAUUAGAAGUUGCUGCUAAUGAAGCCUUUGAUACCUAUCGUGAAAUGUACUAUGAAGGCGGUGUUUCAUCAGUUUAUGCAUUCGAGAUUGACGAUAAAUUUGCUGUUGUAGUAUUGAUUAAGAAAGUUGGUGAUGGCGCUAGACGUAUGAAGGGUGCCUGGGAUUCUAUCCAUGUGUUCGAAGUCCAAGAGCGUGGACGCAAUGCACAAUACAAACUGACAUCCACCAUUAUGCUGUACAUGAUCACCAACAACCAAGAUCUCGGUAAUUUGAAUUUGAGUGGCAGCAUGACGAGACAGAUUGAGCAGGAUUUCCCUGUCGAUGAUCCAGCUGCUCAUAUUGCCAACAUUGGACGCAUGGUGGAAGACAUGGAGAUGAAGAUGCGCAACUCAUUACAAGAAGUUUACUUUGGAAAAACCAAGGAUAUUGUCAAUGAUCUGAGAAGCUUGGGAUCCUUGGAGGAAAGCAGAAAGCAAGCACAAAUCCAAAAGGAAAUUGUAGAGAGACUAAAUAACCGCAAAUAA